AUGAAGAGGACUCCACUUCACGAAUCAAUUCGUGAAAGAAAGUUCCGUUUUGAGGGCAUAGAAUACAAGCAUCAGUUUCGCGAACUCAAGGAACCAGUGCUCGUCGAAGAGGAACGAGGAAAAUGGAUUGGUGAUAUCUUCAGAUGCGAGAACCGCAUCUGGAUAUAUCACGGACCCGACGACGCAGAGGGGUUAUGGAGAGAGUUUUCGUGGGAUUCACCAGAAGAAAUAAAGUGUCCAAUAGACCAGUUAAAAGGUACCCAUAUUCUGAACAGAAGUGGAAAUUCCUGGGCUAGAAGAGCGAGCCUUAACUACGAUCUUAAAAAACGGAACCGCGGCCUGAAACGAGCACGAACGGAACCAGACGAAGACACAAUUAGAGAUGAGGACACAAUUAGAGACGAAGACACAACCGCCCGCCAGAUUCCGAGAACCGCCCUUUUUUCACCUGAACCGCAGGCAUCUUCAUCGCGCCUUCCGCCUUCCAGGGCUGAACCCCAGGCACAGGGAUCCGGUGUAAACGCAUGGGUGGAAGAGCUUCUCACCCGAAUACAUACCUUCCCCAUUCCUCGUCGUACCCUUCACCAACGGGUUUCGGAUGCUCUGAUAUUUAUCAAAGAUUUCGAGUGUCCAAUCCCAUUUCAUCGGAGCAAUAGGAGGAGCUCCCAACCCAAUCCGAAGAACAUAGAAUGGGUAGAGGUUCCCGUUCCGACUAAACAAGGAUGUCUCUUCCAGAUUGGCCUUCUUUUUAUGGACAUGACACACAAAGACAACAAAAAACCAAAUGUAAUUGAUUCCGAAACAGGGCAACCGACUGACGCGUGCGCAGUCCAAGAGUUUGCAGCAUCUAUGAUGUUGACGCAAAACUCGCCAGACCAGGCGGGGAGGGUUUUGGCAGCGCUGAACAUCUACCACACGCCACAGGGAAUGGGGAAGAUGAAAGCCAAAUUCGAUUUUGGGGAUAGGGCUGUAUACCACGAGCGGGAUAAGGAGCGUGGCACGACCAUGACACCCUAUGGUCAUGUCACCUUUCCACACAACGACCCGUAUGCUGGACACUCCGUGAUCUGGCAUCUAUCGGGAGUGAAACUCUGGCUGCUGUGGCCACCAACUGAGAGCAAUCUCAGGAAGUUGUGGAGCCAUCAUUUCGCCCCCAACACCCCCUACCGAAGGGAUCUCAAAUACUGGAUCACCCAGUUGGAGGAUAUGGAGGCGAUCUUGAUGGAGGAGGGACAGUCUGCGUUCAUCAUGCGUCCGUACACGGUACAUGCAUGCAUUUCUCUUGGUCCUAGCUGCCACUCUGGGACAAUUUUGAUGGCGCCAGACUCGGUUGAAGACCUUCUCGUUCAUCUGUCACUUGUCGAAGCUGUUAGGUUAGAUGGCGCAUCUGAGGAGACAAUCGGAACGUUCCAAGAGAUCAAGAGGAACUUCGAUGGAAAUCAAAAAGCGGAGUGGAGUGACUUGGCAGAGGACAGUAAAUUCUCUGACAAAGAGACAAAAGAGAAGAUCCGAUCUUGGGUUGCCAGAAUGAAGGCGUGGAGCAGUCAGAACUCCAAUAUAUUGCGUCCGAUUUAG